AUGUCGAACCGCGCUCCAGGACAAUCGGGGUCGCGCAAGAUCAGCUUCAACGUCUCGGAGCAGUACGAUAUCCAAGAUGUCGUGGGCGAGGGUGCAUACGGUGUGGUCUGUUCGGCCCUGCACAAGCCAUCGGGCCAAAAGGUCGCAAUUAAGAAGAUUACGCCGUUCGACCAUUCUAUGUUUUGCCUGCGAACCCUGCGAGAAAUGAAACUCCUUCGAUACUUUAACCACGAGAACAUCAUUUCGAUUCUGGAUAUCCAGAAGCCUCGAUCGUACGAGUCGUUUACUGAGGUGUAUCUGAUUCAAGAAUUGAUGGAAACCGAUAUGCACAGAGUUAUUCGAACCCAAGACCUCUCCGAUGACCAUUGCCAAUACUUCAUCUACCAAACCCUUCGUGCACUCAAAGCCAUGCAUUCAGCGAAUGUUCUUCACCGUGAUCUCAAACCCUCCAACUUACUUCUUAAUGCCAACUGCGAUUUGAAAGUCUGCGAUUUUGGUCUCGCUCGAUCGGCUGCUUCUCACGAAGACAACUCCGGUUUCAUGACGGAAUAUGUUGCUACGAGAUGGUACCGUGCGCCGGAAAUCAUGUUGACAUUCAAGGAGUACACAAAGGCGAUUGAUGUUUGGUCUGUUGGGUGUAUCUUGGCUGAGAUGUUCAGCGGGAAGCCUCUUUUCCCUGGAAAGGAUUACCACCACCAGUUGACACUGAUCCUGGAAAUCCUCGGCACACCAACAAUGGAAGAUUACUAUGGCAUCAAAUCCCGACGUGCGCGCGAAUAUAUCCGUUCCCUCCCAUUCAAGAAGAAGGUCGAUUUAGAAGUUCUCUUCCCCGACAAACCACGGGACGAAGAAGAUGACCCAAAACAACCACCUCCUGCCAUCCAACUCCUCCAGGCGCUGUUGGAAUUCAACCCGGCAAAGAGAAUCACGGUCGAGAAGGCUCUAGAACAUAAAUAUCUCCGUCCGUACCAUGACAAAGAUGAUGAGCCAACGGCUGCUCCCAUCCCAGAGGAAUUCUUUGAUUUCGAUAAAAACAAGGAUAAUCUGACCAAGGAACAGCUGAAGGAGUUGAUUUAUACGGAGAUUAUGCGAUAG